AUGGAACGUAGCACCUCCGUGGGGGAACCACAACGAGCCACAUGGCUUGACAGAACUCGUCGAAAUGUUGCCAGCGCUCGUCAUAGAGGAAGAAUAUGUCAUGAAGUAAAUUUUCCAGAGACGUUUAAUGGACUUUACUCCGCGAAAUUCUCAUCCAGAGGGGAUGUCAUUGCUGCCGCUUUCGGCGAUGGUGGAAUUCAGAUAAGGAAGGGAGAGACUGCAGAACUGUUCUCCACCUUGAGACUCGCCCCAGCUAAAUCACUUCCGAUUAUGUGCUGUCAAUUUCAUGCAACAGAGGGGACGAUUCUCUACGCCUCGAGUGCUUGCGGCAAAAUAUUUAUAUGCAAUCUCGAUGUCAAUGAGUGUUCGACAUUCAUUGAAGAACCCGAAAAUGAAGUCAACACAAUCAGUAUCAGCACAGGUGGAGAGUAUCUCGUCUCCGGUGGCAAGGACGCUGCAUUGAGACUUUAUGACGCCUCAACCGGAAAAAUUAUUCACGUCUACCAGAGGGAUAUGACGGGCAUGAUGGAGAACAGAUUAGACAAGUUUCAUAGAAUGAGAAUCUUCGCAGCUAAAUUUCACAAGACUUUUCCACAAUUGAUUGCUUCUGGUGGGUGGGAUGAUACAGUCCAG